UCGAAUCUCUUUCAUCUUUCCCCUUCCAAUCAGAUCUGUCCAAUCCUUAGUGCAAGACAACAUCUCUUACCAUUUCUUCCGUCAAUUUUAUCUGUCUCGCGGGGAUAAACAACGCAAAACUCGGCAUUUCCAGAAUCUCGACGAUAACACAACAUUCGUUAUUUUUAAUUCCUAACGUCGUCAUCACUCUUCACAUCUCGCAUCUUCGCAUCGACGCGUUUGACAUCCUGAAACUGCCCCUACGAAACAGACUUCACACCUCGCCAAACAUCUCAUCUCAGAUCAACUUUGAAAACAAAAUGUCGAACAUGGGAAAUCAAACAUUAGCAUCGUUGCAGGAAAGUACUCUUGCUGUCGCAAAAAAGACAGCUUCCAAGAAAUCAAAGGCAGGUCCGAAAGAACCAAAAGUUCGCAAGACACCUGCUUGUGGAGAGUGCAAAAAAAAUAAAGUCCGCUGCCCCCAUCGAUCUGUAAUCGAUGAACACGGUAAUAUCAUCGAAGGGCCGGAAGAAGAACCAAAACCACAUGCCAGUACACCGGCUCCUGCUCCCAAGCUGACAAAUGAUGGCGAUAUUGAGCAAAACCCUGAAUCAGGUGCAACAAGCCGUUCCGGAACUGCUGGAAGGGAAAUUGAGCAGCUGCAAGGGACAAAGAUGGAACGCCCUCAUCGGAAAGGCGCCGGAAAAAGAAAAUUCGAUAAUUCCACACAAGAGGAUACAGCUGAACCUGCACAAAAGUGCCCAAAACGAGGAGCUCAAGAGGCUUCUGCAAAACCCCAAGAAAGGAAGAAGCCCGGUCGUAAACCACUCCAAAAAUCUCCGAUUAUGGUUCGCGACACGCCUCCUGCAGACGUCGACGCUCCUCCACGUGUAACUCAGCAAGCACAUCCUCGGGGAAAUCUUGAUAUGUCGAUUGAUAUAGCAUGGGACCGACAUAUGGUCAGCGAGCUCGACAAGCAUAUUAAACAAACUGGACAGAAAUGGGAGCUUUUGCAGCAAACAAUUGAGACAGCCCAGGAACAAUGGGAGGAUGUUGUGAGAUCAAUGGAGUCCACAAAGCAGUUCAUGAAUAAAUGGACUGCAAAGUUCACGUACGACGAUGCUUACAUGGAAUAA